GCUUGCAUGUUACAGGAAACAGACAAACGCGUCCUUUUGCAAAUGAAAGAAACCACCAUCAUGUCAGAGAACGACAACCAAAAAACCUUCACCAUGGAUUCUACUUUUCUCAAAUCCAGAAGGGGAAUAGUAAAAGUGGCAGAGACGGUGACCCUGUUUGUUUCGUUUGUGUGCUUCGCUACUGCCUCCACUCCAACAUACCUUGCAGCCACAGUGCUGGAGUUUCUGAUCACUGGACUUUUGCUGCUUUUCUACCAACUGAAACUCAACAAGAGGUUCACCUUCCUCUUUUGGCCCAUCGUUGAUGUUUUCAAUUCAGUGUUUGCAGCAGUCUACCUUAUUGUCUUGAGCCUAAUGGCUCUGACUUCAUACCCUAUCACAGGAUCCCUGGUUGGAGGGGCGGUGUGUCUAAUAUCAGCUGGACUUCUGUCUGCAGAUGGCUAUAUGCUUUUCAAGAACAUCACCUUCAACAAAUCAAGAAAUGAAACCAAGAAUCAAACCAAUGAAUGAAAAGUAGCUUGUUUUAAAUGAAAGAAGGCUCUAGAAUGUAGAAACUAAAGUUUAUCUGUUCUGUAUGUGGAGAUCAUUUCACACUUAUUGUUUUUUUCUGCUGCUCUUUCCUACACAUAUAAAAAACAAUUAAAGUCCUUUCUUGCAAUAGUUACACUAAAUAUUUAGUUGUGAUAUUUGUUACAUUUUCUGUUACAUAAACUGUACUAUGCAUUUAUUGUCAUGCUGGGCUUUAAGGUUCUGACCCACAUGCAGAGACAACUUAAGAGCCAAGAGUAAAAGUUAAGAAGUUUAUUGUGGUUUGCAAAACCACAGACAGAGAUAUACAGCUGGGUUACACAGUUGGACCUCAGCGGACUGGUGAACCGGAACCGGAAACUCUGAAGGGGAGAUCAAAAUGAUCAGUUCAGGAACCAUAGGAAAAAAAACACAAAAAACAACCCACACAAACUGGAAUCCUAACAUUUAUAACUUAGCUUGAAGUUAAAUAUGCUGAAAAAUGGCUCAUGUUUGUAAUUUCUUAGGGAAAAAAUACAUUAAUAUGAAACUUUUAAAACU